AUGGGUCUAUUCACUCAAAUUUUUAAGCUAACGAACGCAUUGAUCCGCUCGAGCGCGUGGUGGUCGUUGAUCACGGCACGGUGGCGUCGCGCGACGGACCAGAGGAGUAAGUAUUAUAAAAGCUCGUGUCCAUCCGCAUUCUCGAAACAGCCGUCUGCGGACAUCAUGGCCAGCACCGCAGUACUACUGGGCAGGUAUUCAUCGCAAUCCGCGGAACCGCUGCAUGACCGUCGCAAUAACAGGGUCCCCAUCAACGGCGGGGUUGCAAUCGUACUCGACAAAUCGGACUUAUUUAGCGUGUCUCCUAUUUGUCCAGGACUGGCCCUCUGUGGUGCUCUAUCCAUUUAUACGGACAAAGAAACUGUGGCCGCACUCCGGCCUACGUGCCUGAUCAAUUGCGCAGGCGAACUUCCCGACACGCCGCUACCUGACACGGUACACAGGUACCAUAAGGUACCGGUGACAGACACCGUGGUUACCGACCUCGGGCCACACAUGGACACGGUGACCGAUCUCAUACACCAGGAAUAUAUUUCUGGAGGUACGACAAUAAUACAUUGUGCAGCUGGAGUAAGCAGAUCAGCUGCUUUUUGCAUUGCAUACUUGAUCAAAUAUCGUGGUAUGACUAUGAGUAAUGCAUAUCGUCACGUAGCCAAAUGCAGACCUUGCAUAAAUCCAAAUACAGGAUUUAUUAGUCAGCUAAUAGAAUUCGAAGGCAAAUUUAGAGAGGAAUAGCAGUGAAUAAAAUAAUUUUUAUAAUAGACAAUAACCAUUCCAAACAUAAAUUACUAUUGUUUUGUAUAGCUAGUAGUGUAAGCAUUUUAAAUGUUUUAAUUCCUUUAGAAUUAUAAUGUUCGUUUAAAAUUUU